AUGAGCUUUCCCUACUACCACAGCUACCCGAGGACUGUCAACUACGACGACCAUCGCUACACUACCAAAAUUCGCAUCAGAACGCCUAGUCUCAGCUUUUCGAGCUCCCAGUACAGCUCGUCUCCAGCAUCAAGCGAGCUCCGCUACUACGGCUACAGUCCCCGCGACGGCCACUACUACAACUACCACCACAACUACUGCUACGGCGGCGCCGGCCCUUCAUAUCCGGCAUACUCGCCAAGCUGGGAGCCCAGCAGAGCAACACGAAUCACCAUCGAGACCUCCGCCUCGGGCCAGCAGUACGUAUCGAUACAGCGGUCGCGAUCGGGCAGCCGCCAGACCCAUCACCAUCACCACCUCCCGCCGAGCCAACCACCGCACCACCACCAUCACCAUCACGAGUAUGUGAGGGUGCUGAGGGAGACGUGGAAUCGCAUGCUGGAGAGGGAGGCGGUGCUGGACAAGACCAACAAGGGCCUCCUCUGCGAAGUCGCCAACUUGAAGAAGGGCUUGCAGGCUGCCCAGGCAGAGGCGCAUCGACUGUGCAGCGUCGUCAUACCACAGUUGGAAUGUCAGAUCAACAAUCUUAGCGCCGAGAAUGAGGCGCUGAGACGCGAACUGCAAAACGCCACGGGAAGCUGUGGACGACAUCACGCGGAGAUUGAAGCGCUGCGGAUACGCAUCUGCCACCAAGACAAGGAGAUCAAGGACUUGAACACAGAUGCGGCGGCUGCCAAGGAGGCUGCAGCAGGCGAAUAG